GAACAGCAACGCACGUCUUCCCUCUGUUUCUCUCUCAUCUAACAUCUAACGCCCCUUCCGCUUCCGCUUCAAUACGGGCCCCCCUUGGUUAAACCUCCCAUUUCUGUUUCCUAUCAUUUCUAGGGUUUCACUCUAAACACUAUUUUCUCUCGUCGUCUCCAUUUUCUUUUCUAGGGUUAGGGUUUAAGCAUUUUCCCCCAUUUCUCCCUCCAUCUCUCCUCUCGCUUCAAAUCCAUAUCCCAUGGCGACAACUCCAGCAACCGCACCCCCUACAACUGCCACGGCGGCCAAGAGAAAGCCGGUGUUUGUAAAGGUUGACCAGCUAAAACCUGGUACUACAGGCCAUACAUUGACUGUCAAGGUUGUCAGCUGCAAAACAGUUCUAAACAAAGGAAGAUCGGCUCCUUCAGCUUCUCUUAACCCUCGCCCUACUCGCAUCGCUGAGUGUGUUGUCGGUGAUGAGACCGGCGUUAUCAUCUUUACGGCCCGCAAUGAACAAAUCGACCUCAUGGCGGCUGAUGCUACAGUGAUUCUGCGCAAUGCAAAGAUCGACAUGUUCAAAGGUUCAAUGAGGCUUGCUGUCGACAAGUGGGGUCGUGUUGAAGUCACUGAACCUGCAAGCUUUCAGGUUAAGGAGGACAACAAUCUCUCCCUCGUGGAAUAUGAGUUGGUGAAUGUUGUCGAAGAAUGAUGAGAAGUUGUUAGGUUGGAAGUGGGAUUUAUUUCUAUUUUUUUGGGUUUGUGAAUUAAAAUUGUUAUUGCUUUGCAACUUUCACGAGUUUCAACUGCAAAUCAUCAUUAAAGAAGCAUUGCCUUUGUGUAUUCGUAGAAUAGCUUUUUGCUCCUGUUUUCCGUUUACCUUCCAAGUGCAGGUUUUUCUCUUGAUCAACCGGUAAUCUAAGCUUUACUAUUCUAAUUGUAUUUUUGAUAUACCCAAACACUUUUAUCAUGUAGCUUUUGUUACUUUA